AAGCGUAGUGCCGCAUUCAUUGAAAACAAAUAUCGGUGGUAUUAACGAUAUGGAAGAAGAGUCGUUGGCGCCCCCUUUUAGCGCGGAGGUCAACAUUAAGAAAUGAAAACGUAUUCUCAGCAAUUCUCAAUCCGGGGGUCGCAACCCAAAUUUGUGAACCACUGUUCUCGUCCAUCCUUCAAUCCAAGACCAGAAUCAGAAAGAAAACUUUAUCGAUCCCAGGAGGAAAAAUUCUUAUGCUACAACUGCACAGAUAGACAGAGAUACCAUUGGACCCGAUGAUAUCUAUAUAAUAAGAUGAAAAACCUAAAAUGUCACAAUCGAAGAUUAAAUUACAUAUAAAAGAAUAAAUGCAAAAUACACUAGAAUAUUAAACUCUCCAAGAGAAAAGAUACACCAUUAAUUUAGUACACUGGAGCUGAACCGUGAUAAAUCGACAACACAUCUGCAGUUUAUGAUCUAUAUUUACUUUACAAUUGCAAUAAAUACCUUACUCAGGGUGUUUCAGUAGUACUUUUUCGUAUUUUUCUAUUACAAGUUCGCUUCCCUAACCAUUAGGCCACAUUUUUAUUCUUUAGUCAAAGUAUUUUACACUAUAUGUUCGCAAAGUACUCAAGAUUUUAUAAAGCUUUUGAAGGCUGACUUCGUUUAUAUUUAAAAAGCUAAAGUCUGCUAAGAUGACUCUUUCAUUUUAAUUAGACUUGAGGCGAUCGAUAUACAUUCACAACACUCGGAGAUUACCAAUACAGCCUCUCCCCGGGUUACCAAAGGGUUACGUUCCGACAAACCUAUAUCAUAAGGCGAAAAUGUGUUUUAAUACAGUACACCUAACCUAACAAAGGUAGCUGAGCCUAUAGCUUUCAUAUACGUGUUUAGAAUACUUGCACUAGCUUACAUUCGGGCAAAAUCAUUAACACAAAGCCUAUUUUAUAAUAAACAUGUAAUGUACUGAAUGAUGUACUAAAAGUGAAAAUUAUUUACCCCCUGUAUUUUAAUACCGCCUGAAUUUUAAUGAAAAUACAGUUUCAUUAAAAGUAACUGAAGAAAGUGCCGCAGCAUGCGCAUAUACGCAUCCCGCCGAUUCUUUUCAUCAGACGUUCGAUUCUUUUAAACGAACAGUUUGAUAGAGUCGGUUCUAUAAAUUGAACCGAAUUUCCCAUCACUAUUUAGCAAGGUAACAGUAAUACGGUGGCAGUGUAUUAAAUAGUAAUUGGUAGUUAGUAAUUAGUAGUUCAGUAGGAGUGAUUUUUAGCCAAUCAGCGUCGAGGAUGAAACAUUUUUCUUGAAUCUAAUUGGUCUUGUUGGGCCUCGCGGAGUGUUUACCUUGGCAACCAUGGCGCAGAACAAGCUUAGCACCGAAGUUUCAGAAAUGGAGAAGCAGCAACUUAUUCACAUAUCGGAAGAACUCAGGAGGUCCAGCGCUGCCCUGCAGCUGGAGAAUGAGAUGUUUGAGCGACAUCUCAACCGGCUGAACCUUGCCUCACAGCUCGAGUCGGAAAACUUUGGAGUGGACUCUCAGAGGGGGCGUGAGCGGCACUCCAAAGCCCGGAGCUCGGCCUGCGACCAGCUGCCACUGCUCACCACGGAGCAGAAGUGUGAGGUGGCACAGCAGGAGCUGGAGGAGAUCAAGGCGGACCUGGAGAAGGGCAAGGCUAAUGCCGCGAGAGUCCUGAACGAUUUACAGGCUGACCUGGAAGAGGCACAAAUCCGGCUGGCAGAUAUAAAGAAAAUGAGGAGCGAGUUUGAACGCGACAUUGCCAAGGCAACGCAGGAGAAGACGGGCGUCAGGCUGGGGGCUGAGAAGCUCACUCGAUAUUUCGAGGACAGGAUGAGGUUAAGGGACGCCUUGAUAGAGAAGCUGCGGCUGAUGAAUGCCACGCUAAAGGUACACAAGAGGAAGGUAUGGAUGCAGCUGCGGCAGAAUGAGGAGAUGGGUGAGGCUCUGCAGAGGGUGGACUUCCAGAAACUGAAGAUCGAGAACACAGAGUACCUGGAGCUCAACAACAAGCGGAACCAGGAACUGCUGCACUUCAAACUGAAGGCUGGGAAGGUGAUGCAGAUGUUGAGCUCAGCCAAGAGAUGUCUCCAGGAUGCCACCCUCGAGUCUGAAUCACUGAACUACGAUGUCGGCUCUCGCAGGCACAUGCUGGCGAAGAUCCAAGUUGAGAUGGUCCUGGCUGAAGAGGAGCGAUCCAAGGCAGAGGUACUGAACAGGAAGCUGCGCAGGCGUCUGGAGGAGUACAGCGUACCUGAUGUGCUGCAGUACGUCGAGGUCACGAUGGCCCACAGGAAGCUGGAGCAGACCGUGCGCAACUGGGAGCGCAAGACUGAGAUUGCUCAGAUGGCCCUGAAGGCCCACACCAAGGGCUGUAAUCGUGCAUGGACUGGGCCCAGUCUGGAGUCGGUGACCACACUAUGACUGUUCACUUCCAGAGGAUACCUUUGCUCACCACCCCCGAUUUCUGAAGGUCUUUCUUUUCUUCCUCCUCAUGCUGGAUAGAUAACACCUAAUGCCUGGUUAAUCUGUGGUUUAGCUUAUUUUCACUGCUGUAAUAUUUGGGGGGGGGGGACAGAAUAACUGAAAAUGGCCACAUUGACACAGAUGGUACGAGCACAACAUUUUCAGACUACUGCUUUGGCUCAGCUUCUGUUUACCCACCCGUGCCCAAGCGGUAUUUUGUGUUUCAUGCCAUGAACACAGAGAACAUGUGAACCCUUGAUUCCACAUAGAUUCCUGCAUGAACCCUCAUGUCUCAUAGGAAUUCAAGAUCAUACAUAUGCACAUUGAAUAUAUAUUGAAUUUUGUUAUACUGGCUAGUUGCCACCUGUACAAUGACAAUAAAGGUAUUGUUUUUUUCCUAAUGAAA